UUUGUUCACCCACCCACAGCUUUUGUUAGUUUUGUUUCCUUCGGAAUGGUUUAGAGGACGGACAACUACGGAUCUUCGUAAGGGGAAAACCUAAAACAAAACAAAAAAAAAACGCUUUUCAGCUGAUUAGGGUGUAGGACGAUUUGCAAAUAAAUCAUCCGUCUUAAUGUAAAUAUUUUGAUCAUAAUAUUGGCUAGUGGAUAGGUUGAGCGGCACCUGUGUGCCUAACGUGCCUUUGUUGUCUGGAAAGUCAGAAUUGCUUGACUAGGUCCUGCUGUUCAAAGCUAAGCCACAACCGGCCCCUCAGCAUUGUGACUAUGGCGUCAGCUCCAGCGCAGCAACCCGUCCUUACCGUCGAACAGGCAAGAGACGAGAAGAACAGUGUUAUCCUGUCAUCGUGUACCAAGCUGUAUUAUUACAUUGCAACACAAUACAUUGGAAUGAUAACGCGGAUGGAGGAGGCGAGGGAGAGCGCCUGCAAUGAUAUGGGAAAGAUGCUGCAGCUGGUGCUUCCCGUCGCAACCCAGAUCCAGCAGGAAGUGGUAAAGGCAUAUGGCUUCAACAACGAAGGGGAAGGUGUCUUGAAAUUUGCGCGACUGGUCAAGAUGUACGAAACCCAGGAUCCAGAGAUUGCUGCCAUGUCUGCCAAACUGAAAUCCCUCCUACUGCCCCCCAUGUCAACCCCACCCAUAGGUGGUGGAAUCACAACCUCUUAGACACGCCAAACUUUAUUUUUGUUUUGAAAAUUUCUAAACAACCAUGUAAAAACCUACCAGAACAAAAUCAAAUUAGAUAGAUUUUUCAAUUGGCCAACUGAGACCGAAUUGUCAGAUAUUAUGUUUUGAGACUGACAUCCAAGAGAUGCAUAAGAUGAAACAUUCAGUUACACAACUCUGUUACACAUUCUGUCAUAUGCUUUAGAGCUGGGGUGCCCAAUCAUGUGCCAUGGAGGGCCAUUCCAACCUAUCACUACACCUGCAGGUUUCACUAAUUACUUCCCUCCUCUCUGGUUGAAGAUUAAAUCCUCAGGUGUAGUGAUUGGUUGGAAUUAAAACCUGCAUACUCUGCCCUCCCUCUGCUUUAGAGGGAAGUGUUGAAAUAAUCACCUGCUGCCCUGGAGGCAGGAAGAUGAAUUUUGAGAAGAAUGUCACCACAUUCCCACAGUAUAUUCCAGAGGAAAAUGGGAUCAGUUCCACACAGCCAACUCAAUCAGCAUUGCUUGCUAAUUUAUUCCAAUGUUAUACAUUUUUGACAAACUUUCUUUUAAUUUCUAUUAAUUUCUUCCUCUUCCCAUUCCCAUUUUGAAGUAUUAAGUCUUGUCCUGUUAGAAAACAGGUUAUUCCACAUGUUUUUAUAUUUAUGUGCACAGCUUAAUUUAACAUCUGUUCUUUAAAGUCUCCAUUACCAAAUAAACACUACAAUGUAAAUUGAUAACAA